CUUCGAUCGAGGGAGCGAUCUCGAGCGAUCUUUCUUCUGACUCUCAUUGCAGUGAUACACCUCCUGCGUUAGUCCCCACUGUUACGUACAAUGUCCGACACAGCUCUGAUCAACACAGAGCUACCUGCCCUUACGCUCGUCUCGAGGGGCAAGGUCCGCGACGUCUACGCGACCUCCUCCCCGGAACACCUCCUGUUCGUAGCCACCGACCGCAUCUCCGCGUACGAUGUCAUCCUGCGCAACGGCGUCCCGGACAAGGGCAAAGUGCUCACCACGAUCUCCCUCUUCUGGUUCGAGAAGCUGCAGGACAUCAUCCCGACGCACUUCGUGACCGCCGACGUCGACGAGAUGCCCGAGGAGGUCCGGCAGUACCGCAGCCAGAUAGAAGGCAGGGCGAUGCUCGUCAAGAAGGCGAAGGUCGUGCCCCUCGAGGCCAUCGUCCGAGGCUACCUCACUGGCUCUGGAUGGGCGGAGUACAAGAAGUCCGGGACAGUACACGGUAUCCCUCUACCGGCUGGGCUCGCUGAGUCGCAGAAGCUCCCCCAGCCCUUGUUCACACCCUCCACGAAGGCCGAGCAAGGCCAACACGAUGAGAACAUAUCCCCAGAACGUGCCGCUUCAAUAAUCGGGCAGGAGCUAUAUGACAAGAUCUCCACAGCAGCUAUCAAGCUGUACCAGGCUGCCGCGGAUUACGCCCUCACGCGCGGCCUCAUCCUCGCAGACACAAAAUUCGAGUUCGGGCUCAUCCCAACGCCCUCAGGCGGAGAGGAGCUGAUCUUGGUUGAUGAACUACUCACGCCGGACUCGUCCCGUUACUGGCCCGCGGAGGGAUACAAGCCUGGAGGCUCGCAGCCAAGCUUCGACAAGCAAUACCUACGAGACUGGUUGACCAGCACCGGCUUCCGUAAAGGACGCGAGGAUGGUCCUGAAGGCAAAGAAGGCGAGGGCUGGGUUAUGGAGGCGAGCGUUGUGGAGGGCACGAGGAAGAGGUAUCUCGAAGCCCUGCAGAUGUUAAUGGGCAAAGAGGCGACGGUGUGAUGUUAUCAUAGUAGUCGUAUAGCGCGAAAACAACGUAGCCAUAUUCUGACCAGUACCUUGCCAUUACUGCACAACAAAGCCAGUGAACACGUCUGUCGCCUCAGCCCAGCACAUAUCACAGGUUGUUCUCAUCUACCCGACGAAAUAAAAUCGCGAUAUCUUAUAAAA